AUGGCUCCUAUCCCAGGAGCCGAUCUGGAUGGAGACCAUCCUUCUUCGGAUGUUGGUGACAGUCAGGACUCUCCGCUGCGCCGUCAGUUCUCUGAACCCCUUCGUCCCCUUUCUACUUCCACCCAGAUAUCUCAAUCUCCUGAUCCCAUGCCUCGCCGAAUUAAGUGUGACUGGUGUGGAAAGCUUUUACAGCUCCCAGCCAACGAAAACAUCUCUGAAGACGAUGUCCUGGCUAAACACUCAAAAGAAGCCCACCCAAAGCCCAUUAGCUUUGCUGGCUAUGAUGAUGCUGAUGACGGCGAUGGUACCGAAGAUGGUGCUGAAGACGGCGCUGAUGACGGCGCUGAAGAUGGUGUUGAUGAUACUUACGAUGAGAAUGGUGACCUCCAAGACGAAGACGCCAUAGAAUCGGUGGAGCCCACAACUGAAGCUGCCAAUGGCGAGGCUCAAGUCGAAGAAAGCGGAGACAUCCCAGUGGAAGUGACCCCAGAUGAUCCCAGUGGCACCAAGGCAACCGAAACACCAACCGAUGAUUCCAACACGCCCCCGAAGAAAUUUGAUCUAUUGGAGUGGCUCUCCAAUCCUCGCACUUCAUAUCCAGAGGACAAUAACCGCCGCACCGCCGAAUGGAGUGAACCAGACAUCAAAAAGCGUCUUCCCCGCUUCUGGAACGUUCAUGACACGCAAAAUUUCUUCCCCGAUUACGAAGAAGAGGCUACCAAGUGGGAAAGUGCUUUGGAUACGGCCUUCCAUAACCCGUCCAAUCCGAGGCCCAAGAAGCGCGACGCUCCUGAAGACGUCCCUCAUCCACGACCAUACAAAAUGACCAGAGUCGACAAAGGCGAAUUCCUUCCGAUUCAGACCGAAGAAUUGGACAGCCUCGUCACCAUGCUCCGCAAUCCGGAAAGUUACACGUUUGAAGAGCUUCACGCUCUCACAGGGAGCGCGGCUUUUGCAAUGAGGGCAAUUCAAGAGGAAUACCUGGCCCUUGACAGGCUCUAUCUUUUGGCCCACAGACACAAGAGGGAUCCAGCCUCUUUUGAAAUGAAGAGAAAUCAGAUGGAGGGCAACCGGAAGAAGGGUGGACCCCCGCUGGCCAAGGUGGCACUGUUACACCUCGAUUUCGAGGACCAGAAAGAAGCAAUGCUGUAUGGGUACAAACACGUCUUUUUCAAGCAGAAUUCACCCACUACAGUUGCUCGCACGCUGCAGGAUCCUUUUGUGCAAGGCGGCUUUGUGCCAACUGCCUCAACUGCCAAGAAGCUGGCUGCCAAGAGUUUGGAGACCGGCAACCGAAACCUGGAUCGCUGGCCGUCCAUGACGAGAGGUGGAGUUGAAUACCACCCUCAGAUGUACGAACCUCGACACGAGCCAGUCCCGCCGAAGAACACUCGGAAGCGCAAGGCCACAGAGGUCGAUGCCUUGACGAAGACCACGGAGGCUGCCGAAAGUCAGGACGAUGACGAGACAGAAGAAGACACUCGUCAUGCCGCCAAGCGGCGCACUCGAGGACGCGGCGGCAAGGCCGCUGUCGCCGAGUCUGUUCCUCCAGAAUCGAACUCUCGCCGUGGUGGUGGCGCUGGAUCUGGCCGUGGCCGUGGCCGCGGACGGGGCCGUGGAACUGGUCGCCCUGGUUCCUCUCGGGCUACCUUUGAAGCCGCCCCGGCCCCCACUCAAACCUCGUCCCGCGGCCGAGGUCGACGUGGCGCCGCCACCCUGGCCUCCUCAGCAACCCCAUCGGCAGAAACAUCCGUCUUCCCGGCCGUCGCAGAGAAGACCGCGGCAAGCCCGGCCACCGACACCCAAGUGUCGGCCAAGAAGGAGCCUCUCUCAGCUGAGGCGGCCGAGGAGGCCAGAGCUCAGAAGAUCGCCAAUUCGAAGAACCCGAAGAGGACCAAGGCCAUGCUUGAUCACUGGGCGCGGUUUAAUAGGGAAGGGCGCACCCGCAUGCCAAAGCGAUCCAAGGCCCAGAUCGAGCAGGACCGCCUCCUUGGCGGCCUGGAUGGCGCCUCCGACGAUGCCACCAAGCCCAGCGGCCACGGCCGACGCAAGCGGUCCUCGUCGCUGGCCCCGCUUGCAGGAAACCUUGCCCCCAAGGGGGCUCCCAGCCUGCCCCCCAUGGCAAGCGUACAGGCCCAGCCGCAGCAGCCUAUGCCACCCACCCUCCCUCCUAUGGGGGUUGUGCCUCACUACGGGCCAGGGCCAGUGAACCCUUAUGCUGCAGCACCUGUUGCACCUAUGGCGCAACUGGGGCAACCUAUGCCUCCCCAGUACGCUCCAUUCCCGUACGUCCCAUACGGGAUGAAUCAUCUUCCGGGUCACAACCCGGGAGGACCCCGCCAUUGA